AUGAACUCACCGCCAGAACCAAGCUCGCCGACAUUGUCAACGCCCUCCACCGUUUCUCCUUCUCCAGAAGACGUCAACUUCAAUCCAAAUGCUCAGUCUAGCACUACGUCAAAUCUCUUGAACAUGGUGACCUCAACGCUGAGUCCCAGUUCUUCAAAGCGCCGCCUUCCUGGUAGUGGUUCGUUCGGCAGUGGAUCCAGCCGUGACACAAAGUCUAGGAAACGUGAAGGCGCUCAGAGACUGAUGGUUGGUGGCUCAGCAGCAUGGGAUUCAAAAGAACCAUCAAAGAAGGAAGACAUGGCUGACGUUCAGACUGUAGAAAUGCUGCGAAAGGAAAUUGGAGAUCCAUUUGAUACAGCUUUUCUGAAAUAA